AUGGGCACAUAUGAAUGCUAUAUUUCUGCAUGUCAAACAGAAGCCGUGAGACAACAUAACCAAGCUAUGAAGGACCGUUUUGAGAAUCUUUCAGCGUGGAAAGAGAAGUUAAAGGAGGAACGAGAGUUUUACGAAAUUAAAUUCAAGGAAGCGAGACAGUGCUUAGCAAACAAAUGUGUCGAGAAUGAAACACUUAAAAAGCAGCUCCAGGCUUUUGAAGAAAAGGGGGAAGAUCUCACAGAUGGAUCUACAGUUUCUAAAAAGGAGACGGCACAAGAACUGGAGCAGCUGAAAAUGCAGGUGACAAAGCUCCAGGCAGAAAAGGCCGAUCUGGUGGCCAUAAUUUCAGAGCUGCAGCUUAAACUCAACAGCACCACGGCUGAAGAUUCAUUUGUUGAGAUCAGGAUGCACGAGGAAGAAGUGAAUGGAGCUUUAAAGGAAAAUCAAGAUCUUAGUGAUAAAAGAAUGGGUGACACAGCUACCUAUAUGAGGAGCAGAUCUAUGGAUGAAGCAAAAAAAUACUUGCAAACGGAAGAGUUAACUGUCAGCCAGCUUCUUCAUUCUCUGCGGAAUGAGACUCAGAGGAGGGAAGCAUUAGAAAAGGAGGUGGAGGAACUAAAGGACAGAGCACCGAAGAUGGAGUAUACCACGGAUGAGAAGGGCUCUCAGACGGAACAUGAAGAAGAGGAAGCAAAAGUGGGCGAUGAGGUAGAAACUCUAAGCCUGCAAGUGUCUGCUCUGUUCAGAGAACUUCAAGAGACCCAUUCUAAAUUGGAAGAAGCUGAAGUAAUCCAGAAGAAGCUGCAAGAAAAAUGUCAGGCUCUUGAGCAUCAGAAGAGUGCAAAUGCUGGAGACCAGGAUGAGAAGCAGCAGCUAUUAUACACUAUUAAGAAGCUGGAACUUCAGGUGGAGAGCAUGCAGUCGGAGAUCAGGUUGGAGCAGGCCAAAACAAGCGACGAGAAAGCCAAGUACAACAAGCUGCAGGAUACAUACAGCAAGCUCCUACCUGAACUGACUGAUGCAAGGCAAACAGUGGAAGAAUUAAAAGUCAAAGAGGCUGAAAGUGUAGAUAAAACGGUUGCAGACGAACUAAUCCACAAGCUGGACCUAGCGGAGAAAGCACUGGCUGCUAAGCAGACACAAAUAGAUGAAAUGAAGCAAACCAUCGCCAAGCAGGAAGAAGAAAUUGAGACCGUGGGUGUCCUCCGAGCUCAGAUGGAAGUGUACUGCUCUGAUUUCCAUGCCGAAAGAGCCGCACGAGAGAAAAUUCACGAGGAAAAGGAGCAGUUAGCUGUGCAGUUGACAUACUUGCUAACAGAGAAGCAGCAACAUGAAGGUCUCAGCAGGAAUUCACUAGCAGAAAUGCAAUCCCGUCAUGGAACAAGACUACCAUCAGGAACAGAAAGUGAGGAUUGGCAGCAGCAGCAGCGGAACAUCCCAGCGCAGUCUUGCCCAAAGUGUGGAAUUAUUCUUCCAGAUAUAGACACGCUACAGAUACAUGUGAUGGACUGUAUCAUCUAAUCAGUGUCAGCAAAGAUGCUCUUAAACGGGACCUGCACUUUCUGAGCAGACGUGUUCAUUUCCAUUCACUACUAGAAAGCUUGAUUCGUCAGGAUUUAACUUCCCUUUUCUAUUGAUUUCAAUGGGGAUUGCCAGGUUUUAGUUCUAUGUAAAAGAAAUAUAGCUGGGGAAGAAUGGCUUUUUAAACCGCUGAUUAUCCGAUGUCUUACUCAUAGGCUGAAAUAUAGGAAGCUAACAUUGUAAGAGCUUGAGCUGAAAUAAUUAAAAGACCAAUAAUGCUGGGAAAUUGUAUCAUUUUGAUACUUGAAAUGAUGUGUUUGCCAGCAUUAUUUGCAUUCAUAAAUAAGAUUGCAUAUGUUUUGCAGUUUGCAAGUGUAUCUAUGUGCCUGCCUAAUCUCAGGGAGGUCAACUGAGACUAUGUUUUGGUUCACAUGUGAUAUACCUAUGGGUAAGUGAAUUAACAGUUGCAAGAUCUUCCUCCUUAAGAAGAAUGAUGGAUCAAAGUACUGAAGAACCUGCUUCUUGAAUUCAGCUAUUUUAAAGUUCUCUUUACAAAUAAGUAACUCUUGUAGGAAGUGUGUUAUUUUAUGCUGAAAUGCGGUUGCACUUAUUCUAGAAAAGCCACUGCACAUGCCCCAGAUUUUUCAAGGUGGAAGUUUUCUCCGUCAUUUGGGUUCUCACUGAUGUUUCAGAAUAUAGGUGCAAUAAUAUCAAGAACUCAAAAUUUAGUGUUGAUUCCACUUUUGGCUCAUUUCUAAUUAUGAACAUAUAAUUGAUUUAAUGUAUUUUUGUGACAGAACACUUGAAACAGAAGAUAUAUACUUUACCAAAAGAUACUAAUGAUGUCAAGUUCUGAGUGGCAUAUGGACUCUAUGCUGUAACCAAAAGAUUAAAAUAAAUAGUUCUAAAAGAGCCCUCUGGCUGCUAUAUUGCUUUGCCCUCUUAAAAGAGACUUUAGAGAGAGAGAGAGAUUGUGUUUUUAAUUACCUGGACUAAUUAUGCUUGAAAAAGAAAACAUAAUGACUAAAGUUAAUUGAGUUGUUACUAUUACAAAAAAUAAAAAUGUCAAAGUAC